AUGAAGCCGCAGGGGCUUCUUCUCAUCUCUGCAGCCGUCUUCCUCUUGGCCAGCGGCAGUCCAGUCACUCCAGCUGACCACAUCCAAAUCCAGGAGGAUUUUGACGAAGCGAGAGUCUAUGGGAAGUGGUACGUUACUGCUCUUGCCACAACCUGCAAGUGGCUGAAGAAAUAUAAGGACCAGUACAUGAUGGGCACUCUGGUAGUGGCACCGGGGAAGACAAACAAGGAGCUCUCCGUGACCUCCACCCGGCUCCGGCAGGGCAUGUGCAGCCAAGCAGUCGGAGUUUACCAAAAGGCCAGCACCCCGGGAAAGUACCAUUACUACAAUUCCAUAUGGGAGACUCAGGUUGAGGGCUAUGUGGCUCGCACCAACUACGAUGAAUACGCCUUCGUCGCGUGGGAGAAGAACAGCAGCUACGGAUACACCAUCACAGCCCAGCUUUACGGAAGGAGGCCCGAGCUGCGGGAGGACCUGAUAGAGGAGUUCAGACAGUUUUCUGUGAACCUGGGAAUCCCUGAAGAUGCCUUUUUCAGGCUGACAGAAACAGGGGAGUGCGUCCUCCCAGAGCUGGAAAGCAACCUGCAGAGAGACCGGAGGAGCACCUGGGAUGAGGAUGCAGGGUCUGCUGACGACUCCCCUUCAUUUGUGGGGGGCAAUCGGGAAGAUUUCUGCCUGAAGCCGAGGGACCCCGGGCCCUGCCUGGGCAUGGAGGUCCGCUACUUCUACAACAUCACGUCCCAGAACUGCGAGAAAUUCUUCUACGGGGGCUGCCGGGGAAACCAGAACAACUUCAACUCGGAGCGCGGCUGCCUUCAGACCUGCCGGACGGAGGCGGCCUGCCGGCUCCCCGUUGUCUCGGGAGACACCUGCAAGGUUAAAUUCUGGGCCUUCGAUGCCAGCCGGGGCAAAUGCGUCACCUUUGAGGGCUGCGGCGGCAACGCCAACAAGUUCUACCUGGAGAAGGAAUGCCAGGAGUACUGCGGCGUCUUCCCCAGUGAUGGGGAGGAAUUCUUGCAUCUCUCCGCCCAGUGAGAUGCCAGAGGAGAGCUGCAAAAAGCAGGACGAGGAUGGCCGCGCGAUUUUCAACGCAGGCUUCCUGACUGGGUCGGGAUCAAUAAACGCGGCCGCUCGGACUGAACCAAGCGCCUCCGCGCAUUCUG